UUCGCCGUUGUUCUCCUCGUUCGUUCGGUUUUCAUAGCUCUAUACAGAAAAGAGUUUAUAUGUGAGGUGAUAUAUUAUUUAGCAAAUAAAAAUUGGCUUUUACAAAUAAAAAAUAUCGACAAAGUGAAGUGUGGGUGUUAUAAUAAAAAUUACAACGUAGUUUGGUGCUUGUGCAACAUAUGUACAUAUAUAUUUAUUUUAAAAGUGGAUAUUACCUGGAUUCCUGAGUCAUUAAACCCAUAAAAAGUAUAUUUACGGAAAGCAUGGAAAAAAAGUCAAUUAAAUCAAUGAAGUGCAAUAAAUAGGCAAAUCCACUGCAUAAAAAAUAAUUAUACACCGCUAAAGCUACAUGCUUUUAUUAGCAUAUGUGAAUGUUUUCAUCUGUGCAUUAAUUGUUUAAAAAUAUACUGCCAUACCCAUAAACCCUGCGUGAAUUCAAGAGAAAUCGAAAUGCAUUUUAUGUCACCUGCAUUAAAAAUUGUGCAUACUGACUUAAUAUAAGAGUGAAUAUAUUAGAUUUGAUACGAAAACUGCGCAAACAAACGAAAAAAAUUGCUGAUGUGAUUGCUGUGAAAAUAACAUCCAAAAGUGAUCUAAAAUCAUUAAAUAUAUCCAAUUUUAGCAUCAAGAAGAUAUAUUUAGGCAGAGUAUAAACAACUAUACGCAGUAAUAAUAAUAUAAAAAAAACUAACAAAGUUGCUUACGUGCUUACAUACAUAUGUAUGUAGCGUAGUAGGCGACCUUUACGUAUCAUAAGUACCAUAUACUUUAAAUCGAUCAUUAAAAAGUGUAAUUUUAUGAGAAACCACAUAAGUGAGCUGUACUAAUUCAAAUAGCAAAAAUGCAUUGCGACAAUACGAAAACGUCGUCAGAAAUCGAACAUGUGGAUUGGAGUACUGGCACCGGCUCUGGCCACCACUAUGCGAACGUCAGAUUUGGAUCGGGCAGCAGUCAAGCCUCUCAGAGUAGCGGCGAUAUCUGUCGCAUCUGCCAUUGUGAGAGCGAUCCACAAAAUCCGUUAUUGACGCCCUGCUAUUGUGCGGGCAGCUUAAAAUACGUCCAUCAAGCGUGUCUACAGCAAUGGCUAACGGCAUCCGAAACGAACGCAUGCGAACUAUGCAAAUUUCCAUUUAUAAUGCACACAAAAAUCAAACCAUUCAAUGAGUGGCGCAGCCUUGACAUAUCUGGAAUUGAACGAAGACGUCUCUGCUGUUCGGUAUUAUUUCAUUGCGCCGCCGCUUUAUGCGUUAUUUGGUCGCUGUGUGUGCUAAUCGAACGUGCCGCUGAUGAUGUGAAGCGUGGAUUGAUUGAUUGGCCCUUCUGGACGAAAUUGGCCGUGGUAACAGUGGGGCUCACAGGCGGCGUGGUCUUCAUGUAUAUUCAAUGCAAAGCUUAUUUGCAUCUAUGUCAUCGUUGGAAGGCCCGAAACAGAAUACUGCUCAUACAAAAUGCACCAGAAAAAGUGCAUGUUUUAUCGCCACCAUCACCCGCUGUCCAACAUCGCACUCAUCACGAGGGCUCCUGUGAGCCGCAUCCCUCUAGCAUAAAUGUGCCCACCGCUGCCGGUGAUGGUCCAAAUAUUGAAAUUGUAGCCAAUGGCGCGUCCGCCUCGAAUGGUUAUAACUAUGCCGCCACAGCUGGUGGCAACGGUAGCAUUUCUGGUAGUUUGGAUAUAGAAGGUGGUGCGACAUUACAUCAGCAUCCAUUGCAUCAUUAUCAUCUUCCAGCCGAACAGCACCGUUUGCAACAGAGCGGUGACACAGAUUCGGAUGUUUUGCCUACCACACAUCAUCAUAGUCAUUUGACGCCGCAACAGCAGGUGGGCCAGGUGGCUGUAGCGGCAAAUAUUGAAUGUGCACAGCUGCAAAGUAAUUACGAACGUGAUUGGGCACUGGACGAUGUGGUUUCGCAGAUCUCAUCUUUCCGUCCGUGUCCACAAGGUUCGGGUAGCAUGACACCAUUUCACGAUUCAAUACACAAUGUACUCGAGCAUUCGGAGAAUUCGAGUCGCGGUUCGGUAAAUGACGUUUGCGGUGGUUCACGUCAAGAUCUCAGCACUGGUGGCAUUUCUACGGAUACGGGUCGUGAGCAUGCGCUACAAUUGAGUAGUUUUAGUGGUAGUGGCGAUCAAAAAGCACCCUCGAUCAGUUCAGGUGUAUCCAAUGCGGUGGCCAACGGUUUGGGCGGUUUCGCCUACAAGCCACACACAAAACGUUAUUCCAAUUCAUCGAUAUUCGUGGAGAACCGCGACAUCCUCAACGACUCGAUGGGUUUGAGCAUGGAAUCGUCGGUGGACUACCCCGCCACUGAGAGCUAUCGCCACGCGAACACAUUAACGCCGCCCAGUGCAGCGGAUGUCGAAGCUGAAAGUGAACAGCUAGAUAAAUUUCUAACAAAAGACUUACGUCGCUACUCGGACACAAAACUGGUGAUCGGACCGGACAACGAACCGAUAUUGGGCGCCGAAGUAAAUGACGUCUUACUGCCAUCAGCAGUGCCCAUAGAACCCAUAAACGCGGUCAGAAACACUGUACCGGCAGGUGGUAAUAAACGUGUGCGUCAACUGCUAAAACAAAAUUCGGCUACUGCGACAGAUACAAUACUGGAUAUGGAGCUACCCACGUCACCGCUGUCGCCACCAGCCGCCUAUGCAGUAAAUAUAACAAUGCCAACAACGCGUCAGACACAGGCAGCCUUGCGGCGUUCCCUACACACGGUGGUUGAGUUGGGUUCGUGCGCAAAUGCGCAGGACUUGCUGAGAAGCAGAGCCAUACCCAACACGGCUGUAACGACGAGUAUGGGCACAUCAAGGCGGCAGUCCACGUCGACGCCAAUGUUUAAAUCGUUGCCAAAUUUGAGUGGCAGUUGCGAAAAUCUGCUUAGAAAAUGAGCGAACACAGCAAUUCUGCCCGACUUCAUCGAGUCCAAAACUUAAAUGAAGUGUAUGCAUCUAUCUACCUACCUAUAUGAAAAUAUGGAACUAAAUGUACUGAGUUGACGCUCUCUAAGUUGUUGUGUGCGCACAUAACUGUAUUUUAUUUUUAUUGACUUUAGUUUUUGUGCAUGCAACAAAUAAGGUUUACUUGCGUCCAAAUAUUUAUUCACGCUUAAUGUGUUUUUUUUUGUUUUUGGUUUUUUUUUUAUUUUAAGUGAACCUACACUAAACUUGAAUGAGACUUUUUGAAUACUCGCUUGUGUCGGCUGGAGUAAGGCUUAAUUAACACAGCGUUUAGACUGUUCGUUAUAAAUAUGUAAGCUGCAGUUAGGAAAAAAAUAUAUAAAAUGUGAAGUUUGCUGUUUUUUAAACUUAUAUAAUUUUUGUAGUUAUGUGCGGAAGCAGGACAAAUCCGAUAUUUGGAAAAAUAAUAUAAUUUAUAAUAUUUUUUUUUUUAUAGAUUAUGGAAAAUGUUCAUAAUGUGUAGUUUUUUCGUGGAAUUAUUAUCUUUGCAAAUUUUUAAUAAUUUUGGUAUGUUGUUGAUGAGCGGCAAAAACAUCUCUGAAAUAAUUUUGAAGAAAGUUGCCGAGUUGACAGUCCUUGUAGGGAUAAAAAAAUUGAAAUUUUUUUCAGUCUCCAAUAAUGUAAAUAUCAUUAGUAGUUAUACACAUCAGCGUUUCUAAAUUAUUUUGCUUUAUUCAACAUCAAAUAAAAGUGUAAUUUAUACUUAUAUUUGAGAAAAUUUGACAAAACAUCUGAACUCGACUUGGCAUAUUUACGCUCCCAAGCUAUAAAUAACAAAAAAACAAUUUUCAACUACCAAACUAAAUAUCUAAAAAAGAUCCCUCAUUAGAGAACCUUCUUUCUAAAAAGUUUUCUUAAAAAUUUACAGUGUACCUGUAUGAAAUGAGCGUUUUUUGUGAUAAUGAAAUAUUAAUUUUGAACAUGAAAGUAGCAAAAAAAAAUUCAAAGUACUGGUCAUUGUUUUUUUAACAGAACAUGAUCACCAUAUGCCCCGACAAGCAUUCGAUGCGACUCUGCAGCACUUUUCUUCAAAUGGAAACAAAAAAUUAAUGCUUUCCGGUACAAAAUUUGAUAUUUUCAACACAAUGAAAAAAUAUGAUGUUGUUUGUUUAAUAACUGUAAGGUUAUUCAAUAUGUUCGACAGAUGUCAUGCCAACCAAACAGAAAAAAAAUUAAGGUUCGUUCACAACAAAUGUGCCCUACCAACACAUUUGUAUCUUAACGCUCACUUCACACCGGUACACCUGUUAUAUGUUUUAUGAAAGUUCAAUAGAAAUGUAGUCAAUAGAAGAUAUGCUAAAGUCAGUUAAGUUUUUUUUUUUUGCCAAAAGUCCUUAGAUUUAUAUUGAAAUUUUUCGAGAAAACUUGAAAAAAGUGUGCCAAAUGUUUAAUAACAACUAAGUAGAUCAACAUAUUUCUUUUGUUGAUUUCGUAUUAUUACAGAAUUUACUAUAUAAAUAAUUUAUGAUCAACUAAAAAAUAUUCACUUGAAUGAAAACUCUAACAAAUAUUGGAUUUGUCCGGCUACUCUCUAUAAUUUCAUAACUCAAAGAGCAUAAAUUAUAACACAAAUACACAUACAGUUGCGUGCAAUGCAAAAGCAACACCUUAGCAGCAUUGAAAAUAAUUUUUUCAGACCGCAUUUACUUUCGAAAUCUCUGCUUUUCACUUUUUCAUACGAAAUAUAUACAUACAUACAUACAUAUUUUCAUUGAGUGAAAAAAGUGUUGAGAUUUUGAAAAGUUAAUGCUUAAUAAAAACUGUGAUUAAACAAUUUGUCAUUUUUAGACUUUUUUGCGAAUCGAACAUACAUAGAUUUACACACACACAUACACUUGUGAAAAGCACACAUAAGUAUUUACCUACAUAUUUUUUUUUUUUGUUUUUAAAGUAUCAAUAUGCUUUAAAUAAACAUGAUUAAAACAUUUCACAGUACAAGAGUAUCAUAUAGUACAGCGGAGUCAAUAAUCAGCUCACUUAAUCCAUAUAUUUUCGAUGUGGAUACUAAAAGUACGACAUGCAAACAAACAUACAUAUAUAUAAUAAACUUACAAAAUGAAAAUGAAAAGUGAAAACAAUAUGAAACUUGAAAAGAAGCAAAUAUUUUUCUAUAAAUACAUAAAUAAACCGUUAUUUUAGGAUUGCGCUUUGAAACAAUCGCUUGUUUUUAACUAGAACAUGUUUGAGAUUAAAACUCCUGUUCACAAUAACCUUUUCAAAUUGCCAAUUUCUUCCUCCUCUAUUUAAUGCGCCUGCCUCCAGUAAUAAUACUUCUAUACAUUAUUAGCUUAUUUACUUAAUUAUAUAAAUAUAUAUGAACUUCUU